AUGAAAGUUUUUAAUACAAAGCUUCAAACGGUAGUGAGAGAACAACUGACUGCGGAAGGGCAUCCAUUACCUUCAGAAGUUACCAUAGCAUAUAAUUUUGAAACAAACUCAAUAGAUUUUAAAGUCGUCUCUGCAAAGAAGUCAGGAUUUACAUUUAAUGAAGCAGAUGUCUAUUCGAAUGAAAACUUCAAAGCUAUUGCAUGGUUAGAUAAUGACGAUUGCUUUAAGAAAAUCUUUAAAUUCAGUGACUCAAAGAUGUCAAUAGAUGACCUUCGUGGAAUGUUACCAUCGACGUUUACAGUUGAAGGUUCAGCAGGAUUGCUUACAAGAUUGUCAAUUGGUGGCAUUUGGUCUCGUGAGAACAUUGUUAUAAAAUCCAGUAUAAGUGAAUUUGCUGAAGAAUCUAUAUUAUGUCUUUCAAACUAUAUGUAUUCGCCGCCAAAGCAUUAUAGUAUAACAAACUUUGUCAGUAAGUUUAACAUAAGACUUGUCGAACCUUCUUCAAUGAAAGAUGUUGUGCUACCUAAAGAUGGAAAGGAUGGACUCAUUAUUGAGAUGAUUUUAAUAGCAUAUUAA